AGUGUGCGCUGGACAGCGCAUUCUCGAUAUCGCAUGGCUGUUUAUUUGACUCAUGUAGAUAAUGAAAAUAAAUACAUGUAAAUAGUAUAUUAGAUUUCUUCAAUCAUCAUUCACUAACAGCCAGUCGAACGAAGAUUACUGACGUGAAAUACAAAAAUGAUCUUCAAAAAUUCACUUAUCCUUUUAUUGUGCCUUUUUGGUGCUGUGUAUGGAAAGUUUAUACAAUGCGAAGAGGAAGAAGGAAAAUCUCGUAUUGGUGAAGUUAUUGACGUAGAGGUUUCCGGAUGUCAAAAUACUAAAUACUGUCCACUUAUAAGAGGACGAAAUGCCACAAUAACAAUAACAUUUAAAGCAAACGAAGACAGUGAUGAAUUGAAGUCUGUAGUCCAUGGUGAAGUAUUAAGUGUACUAGUUCCAUUUUCCCUACCCAACGGAAAUGGAUGUUCGGAGUCUGGAGUAACAUGUCCAGUUAAAAGUGGACAAACUUACAAAUACUCCACAUCAUUGCCGGUCUUAUCUGAAUACCCAAAGAUGAAGUUAAGGGUCAAGUGGCAGCUACAAAAUAAAGAGAGUAGUGAUUUUGUUUGCGUCUUCAUCUUUGCACAAAUUAAAGACGCUUAAGGAAGCAUUGUUAUUUUAUUGAAAUAAAAAGCAGACUUAAGAUGUUGUUGUAAUUUAUUUCCAAUCAAUUUCUAAGGCACAAAUAUAAAGUAUAUAAAGAGUCUUCUUUGAUUUGCCAGUACAUAGUAAAAAUAAAAUAAUAAUAGAAACGCUGAAAAAAUUGCAAAUAAUACAUAUUACAAUAAAAGUCUGUUAAAUCAAAAAAUCUUUAUACUAACGGACCUUCGUAGAAAAAUUUUUUGAUUGGGCGUUCAUCGAAAAAAUUAAAGUUUUAUACAAAAAUAGAAAGAUUUGUAAAAAAUGUGAUGGCACAACGUGUUUUUUAAGUGGACAAAGUAAAGAAAAAGUAUACAAGUUUAACUUAUCGUCAUAUCACAAUUUCAUUUUUUUAGUUAAGUAUUCAAGUUGGUUAUUUUGUUAAAGCAAAAUUAAAUAAUUUAUGUUAAAAUGUAGGCACAUAAAUUAAAUAAUUUUUCGCUUUAAGUUGGUUCUCUAUUCUAGUUUAAAGCAAGACACAUAUGCCAUUUUAGAUCUAAAAAGGCACAGUAGCACCGUAACUAAUAGAUAAUUUUGUUUUUAUCAUUCUUACAGCACAAAAGCCAAUAAUAAAUAAAUAUUAAAUUAAUUUAUAUCAUAUUUUAUUUUUUAUUAGGUAAUUUCUACAUAGCCAAUAUUAAUCAAAAUAUCAAC